AUGACUGACACUCUUCAGGACGUUACGGCCGUCGUCACCGAGGUCUCGAACCAGGACCUCGUCUUCCACGUCACUCGUGACUUCAAGAUCAGCUACUGGUCCAGCAAGACUUCUGAUGAGACUCAGGGCGAGCAGUACAACUCUGAUAACCUCAAGAUCAACGGAAACCCCAUCAUUGUCAACUCCAAGCUGCCCAUUCUCGCAGCCGUCGCCUACAAGAACCCCAACACCAAGGAAGACGAGGUCCGUGUCUACUACGUUGGCGAGAAGAGCCUCACUCUCCGUGAGAUUCGCCGCACCGGCAAGGGAAAGUGGUACGAUGGCCAAGUCUUCAACCAGCAGUCUUACGACAUCGCCGAGAACAGCGGUUUGACUGCCAACGUCGUCGCCGUUAACAAGGGGUCCUGCGAGGACAACCGCAAGGAGUGGCAGCUCAAGGUCUACUACCAGCGCAAGGCCGAUAUCCUCAACGUUGUCUACAACGUCCUGAACCAGAGCGGUGAGAACUGGUCCACCCGCUAUGGCGUGAACGAAUAG